AUGGAUAACACUGGAUAUGAAGACAUCAUGGGACGAUAUGGACUGGGAGAAAGAAACGAAAAUGGUGAGAGAUUUGCAAACCUAUGUGUUUUCAAUAAACUGGCCAUAGCCGGCACCAUAUUCCCACAUAAACGCAUACACAAAACCACAUGGACUUUAGCGGAUCACACUACCCAAAACCAAAUCGACAAUAUCUGCGUUAACGAAAAGUUCAGGAGGACGAUGGAAGACGUGAGAACAAAGGGAGGAGCUGAUAUAGCAUCAGAUCAUCACCUGCUGGUCGCCAAGAUGAAAUUGAAACUCAAGAAGCACUGGACAACGGGGCGGACAAUAUCACAAAAGUCCAAUACAGCCUUUCUUCAGGAUACUAGCAAACUCAACAAAUUCAAGAUAGUCCUCAGCAAUAAGUUUCAGGCCUUUCAUGAUCUACUCAAUGGAGAAGGAACUACUGUGGAGAACAACUGGAAGGGGAUCAAAUAGGCAAUCACUUCAACAUGUCAUGAGGUCCUGGGUCACAAGAAGCACCAUCACAAGGAAUGGAUCAAAGUUGAUACACUGGACAAGAUUCAAGAAAGGAGGAACAAGAAAGCAGCGAUCAACACCAGCCGAACAAGAGCAGAAAAAGCCAAGGCACAAGCUGAAUACACGGAAAUAAACAAACAAGUGAAGAGGAGCAUCAGAACCGACAAACGUAAAUAUGUGGAAGAUUUAGCAACGACGGCGGAAAAGGCUGCAAGAGAAGGAAACAUGAGACAACUGUAUGACAUAACAAAGAAACUCUCUGGAAAUCGCCCCAAACCAGAACGACCAGUGAAAAGCAAGGAAGGCGAGGUAAUCACCAACAUUGAAGAGCAACAAAACAGGUGGGUAGAACACUUCAAAGAGCUCUUGAAUCGACCAGCUCCACUGAACCCACCCAACAUUGAAGCAGCACCCACGGACCUCCCAAUCAAUGUUGGCCCACCAACAAUUGAAGAGAUAAGCAUGGCCAUCGGACAAAUCAAGAGUGGCAAAGCAGCAGGACCAGACAACAUUCCAGCAGAGGCACUGAAACCAGACGUAUCGGUAACUGCAAGGAUACUCCACAUUCUCUUCAAUGAGAUUUGGGAUGAGGAACGAGUACCAACAGACUGGAAAGAAGGACUUCUGGUCAAAAUACCAAAGAAAGGCAAUCUCAGCAACUGUGAUAACUACAGGGGCAUCACUCUUCUCUCAAUACCGGGAAAAGUCUUCAACGGGGUAUUGUUAAACAGGAUGAAGGACUGCGUAGACGUCUAA